UGCGUGUUUGGACAUGGACAGCAGUAAGGUUUCACAUAAUUUGUUGGGUGAUAUUCGCCAGAUCUUCGUUGAUUUUAACAUGAUGUCAUUGACAAAAUUGCCACCUUCGAUACAAAGAGUGACCAUACGCAGAAAGAGGCCACGGAUAUGGACUUCAGCGUCACAGCUAUUUUUGGAAUCAGGCACCUGAUUUGAAUAAAUCAACCCAGAUCACAUGAUCUCGAUGAAUUGAAAUCCUGAUCCACCAUCUUGGAAAAGCUGAUUUCGGAUGAUUUCGUCAGUUGGGGUGUGAUGUCGCUGGAUUUGCAGCCCCCCAGGCGCUCUGCCGAGGUUCCAUUUCAAGAAAGACAAGCGUUUUCCAACAAGCAGUUGGAGACACUGAAGCGUUACUACGAGAAUGGAAUGAACAGUCAGCGUCUUGCCAACAGGGAGAAGAUGCUGGCUUGUGCCACAGAGACAGGACUGGAGUUCGAUACUGUUCGGAACUGGGUGGGAAACUAUCGCCGCAAGUUACGACUGGACGCUGAGAGAAAAGAGCAGCAUGAGUUUUACAGACAGCACGGGAUUCCCAACUCCAACUUCAACAUGUCCUCCCAUCAACUCCUGGCCAAUGUUGCUGUGGAGACCAUGAAAACCAUUGAUCCUUCAAUCGGAAGUUCAACAUCCCUCCGUGCUGGGUCAUUCGAUAACCAGAGCAGCCAAAGUUCAGUGAGGUUUCCACUGCCACCAGUUUCCAGCCUGGUCUCUGCCACUACGAGUGAUCAGCCAGCUGUUACUGUUCUUGCUAACCCAUCAGGAGAAAUGUUUCCCCGACAUCUUACCGCUGAUUCCCAGGAAGAUCAGGGACUUAAGAUAGACUCUGUGUUCUCUAUGCAAGACGAGCUCAUGUCUCAAUCAUCUGUUACAGGUCCCAGCAGUUUGUUGACAGAGGAAAUGAGAAGUGUCUUGUAUUCAAGCCCAGUAAACCCUCUAUUAACCAAGAGGAGGGAGGUCAACCUAUCUGGUCAGAAUGGAACUGCAGGUACUUCUCCAUCAACAAAGGAGACUUCACAGGUACAGGUAGUAACAAUAGAUGCUGCAGUUGCUGCAACUGGUCAACAGGGGGCGAUGCAGUCCAACGCUGCUGAUAAGUCUACUUCAAGUGGCACGGAUGCACUGAAGGAGUAUAAAGCAGUUGAUGAGCCAGCCAAUCACCUGACGAUAGAUCAUGAUCAAUCCUCUUCCUCUGUGGUUGCCAUGCCAACCGCAUUACCUGCCAAAUGUUCAUCUCAGUUUCAUUCCUCUGCAAUAUCAUCUUCCCCCAAUAUUGGCACUGUGAAGAAAAGGAAACUCAGUGCGAAUAGUGACGGCAUCACGUUUGAAGGAACCAUGAGGACGGGCGAUAUUUUCCAGGGGCCGUUUGAGAGGACAGUGUUCACAGAGGAGCAGGUACAUUUGCUGACGGAGCACUAUGAGAAUGGGAUGAACUGUCAGGCCAAGAGCUGUCUGGACAAGAUGCUGGCGGUGGCCAAGGAACUGAACCUGGAGUUUGAUGUUGUCAGGAAUUGGGUGGGGAACCAGCGCAGAAAGCGCCGGAUGGAGGCUAACCGUGCCAAUGCCAGUCUGCUGAAUGGAGUUGGAUACCCCACAAUGGUCUCAGGGAUGAAUGGAGGUACCUAUAUGACAGAAAAUGGCGGCAGCCUGAGCCACGAUGAUCACAGUCGUCUGUCUUUCUCUUCACAAGAAGGAUCCCCAGAAGUACCGGUAACAUUACACGCCUCCAGGGACAGAAGAACGUACAACAGUCAGGACCAACCCUCCUCUGGGUACGACUUGUACAUGAGGGAAUUUCUGGAAGCUCAAGGGCUGUGCAGGGAGGACUUAUCAGUCAGCCUGCUGAGGGAAGUGGAUGAAGGUUGGCAGACACUUGACGACCACCAGAGACAGGAGUACCACAGGAAUGCCCUGGAGAUUCCACCCACAGCACAGGACAGGGAUGUCAACACUGUACUGCAGGACAUACAACAAGCUCUUGAUGGAUUAAAACAAGAUGGCUGCCAGUACCUGCUGCUCACACACAGAGAGGGAGACUGUAGAGUGACAGGAACUCUGGCUCCUAUGGAGUAUUGGAACAAGGUUCAACACAUAGAGUCCUUCAAGGCUUUUCUGGAGAGACAUGGAAGCCAAGGGACGCAGACUUCCAGUUCACGUACAAGUCACACUCCAUCAUACUCAAGAGAAAGACAGGAGGAUGCUGAUAUAAGACAAGAGAGGAGACCUGGCAGCACACAGAGUGAAGAGAGUAGACAUGAUGAGGUCACAGAAGCUUGUCCCGAACAUUGUGGCAAGUCUGGUACAAGAGAAGGAGGGACAACGAUAGAGUUCUCUUCAGUCCUACAGUCAGAUGAAGAGGUGUACAUUGUGGACAAGAACCAUCAUAUCAUCGGCACAGGAAAACUUCUGCCGGCCCCUCACAAGAAAAUUGAGCUGUCAGAGUCUUCCAGAGAGCACAAAGGAGCAACAUAAAUGUGCUUUUGUACUAGAGUUACUGUUACAGUAGUUCUUGAUUUGCUGAUGGAAACUUUUUCGACUUCUAAAAUGGAAACUUAUUCGACUACUAAAAUUUCAUCAUCGCAAUUGUUCAUUCACUGAGGCCAACUAAAACCUUGUUCCCGCCGCUAGUUAGAUGCUAUGAACUACUCUGUCUCCCCACAACCACUAACCGACUGUGAUAUUAAAUGGAUUUACGGUAGUUUCCUUUCAGAGAGAGAAUAAAAAUAUAAAUCAUAAUUGAUCAAUGUAUCCAUUGUCAUGUCUUAUGAUCAAUAUGCCCAUGUUUGUAGAUGGGUGUAAAGUAGGAUUCAUAGAAGAAAAGAGUCUAGGUUGCAAUGCUGGAGAUGAUGAAGAGAUGUGAGAAAACCCAGUUUGUUGUUUGGUUGCCUUUGUUGUAACUGUUGCCUUCCAUCAAUGCCUGAAAAAGUUUUUCCUGAACCCCAUAUUUAGACAUAUUUAGAAGAAAAUAAAGCUGCUUGGUUACUACUGA